UAUUCAUAUUUUAGUACCAAUUUGACUGUCGGACCGAACGCACGUCAUUUUUCUUUCCGAGCGCAAAUCGUAAUUUUGUUUACGUAUCAAAAAUCGUGUGUGUAUAUUGAAUUUGGUAGAUUUUAGUGUUCAUAUAAAAGUGUUAUUUGGCAUAAAAAUUAUUGGUUUUUGAAGUGGUUUUGUAACACUUUUUGUGACACAAUGUUCCAAUACGACUACGAGAAGCGACCGCCGUCGUCGACGUCGUGCGAGAGUCGUGCGACGGCGACGACCGACUGGAGCCGAGGAUACCCGAGCUUGCCCGAACGCGUGCCGAACGCGCGUCGCCCCCUGCCGCCCAGACCAACUGUCAUACACCGGGUGCCUGAUAAGACUACUGUGCCUCUAAAAGUAUGGAUAAUAGCGAGCGCGUCGUGCUUCGCGGUGUGCGCGGCGCUGGUGCUGGCGACUGUCGUCAUCACCAAGUGGGGCAGCUCCGACGCCUUCACCACUAGGGAGCUGUUCCCGCCGGAACCAAUCCUAGCUCCUCAGUACCCCACGCCAGCACAAUACACAACAGAAUCGGACGAAAUAGAAGAAAGCGCCAUUUUGCAAAAAAAUAUCGUUGCCAACAGAGAGCAUAAAAACCUCAUUUCGAAAACUCAAAUACAUCCUCUACACGACGAAAUCCUUCAUGAAGAACGAAAUAUUAAGAAAAAAGAUAAAGCUGUCAUUGAAACGCCUGAAGAAGAUUUAAAAGCAAAAGAUAAUUUGAAUUUGGAAUCUCUUAAAGAACAGAAAAUGGCGCGAAAGAUUGAAGCCAAUGAAACAAAGAUGGUGGUCGAGGAAGUCCCGAGUUUCAAGCCGAUGUUGCCAGAAUUAAAUAUACAUAAGGAUUUGGAUUUAAUGUAUAAUAUGGGUCCCAAAGACGACUACUUGUACGACGACGAAAAUCUCUACGACGACUACAUGCAAAGCAAUACCAUGACCUCAUACCUCAUCGAGAAAGUCCAGGAACUACACGACUGGGUGGUCACAGACCCCGACUUCAAGAACAACACGACGAGAACUGACACCGACUUCGGAUCUUUAUUAAAAGCCUUAAAUGAAAGUCUGGUCGAAGGGAACGUGACGAUAGUCAUGCAUAAGCUAAAAGACAUGUAUUUUGGGGAGAAUUAUACGAAUUUGAAUAGUAGUAGGAAGAUGAUUGUGACAAAUAGUACUGAUAUGGUGUCCUUUGGGAUUUUGACUCUGGAUGUGAUGCUGUUGCAUAAUAUUCAGUUGAUGGCUUGGGAGAAUCAGGAGAUAGCCCGAAACAAGAUGCUGAAAGACCCCGACGUGUUUGCCUUCAACGCUCUGUUCCUAGACCCGAGUAAGGUGGAGACCAAGCAUAACGAAGUGGCUCACGAUGGAUCCAUAUUCUUGAAGCGACUAACCCCCCGUCAGGACCCCAUAGACGACUUGGACAUCGGGAAGAACCUUCUAGAGAACAUCAUGGAGGUCGGCAUGAGCACCGCUCGCGCCGCCAUACACCUCGGCAGAGCUUACAAGAACACCAGAAACAUCCUCAACCAGAUUUCAAACAAGGAACUGCAGGCUAGCAACAUUCAGAACCAGUUAUCCCGCAACAUAGAUGGCAACACUCACGCUCUCAACCACUUACAAACCUCUUUUGACAGUACGCACGGUGUUGCCAGUACAAAUGGUAGUUUUUAUACCGAGUUGGAUUGCAUUUGGUUGCUGUACUGCAGGAAUUUGGUCGCGACUACUAAGUUGAAUCAGCCUUACAAUACUAUGGCUAGGAUUAAUGGCGUGGCUCUGCGGAUGCUAACAGGCGAGCUGGCAGCAAACAAGGCGCUGGACACCAUGAUAUAUGAACUGCUCACCGGCUGGACUGAUCUCAAGUGUAACGAUAUGUUCCCCAGGUGCAGCAAAGUGAACGCAGCGUCAGUAGUAAUGGACACAAUUCUUCAAUCUCAUAGAAAAUCACAAGCCACCAACAGAGGAUGAUACACAUUAUUGAGUACAUAGUUAAAUUAUUCUUUUUAACCUAUUAAAUACCCCAAUUAGUUAGUUAUUUGAGGUAGCUCAAUUUUCCCGUUCCUUUACAAUUAGUUUAUCAGAAAGCUAUUCUUUUGUUUGUUUGAUAUGUUUCCACGGUAAUAGGGCUGAAUUAAUAAAUAUGAGAUCUGGCAUAAUGAAGGACUGGAUACAGUCAAAAACUAUUAAAAUACCUAAAGUGUCGUAGUAAUUGCUUCGGCCGCUUUACCGUGAAAAUGUGGCAAAUAAUGUUUCUAUCGCAUUUAUAAAACAAGUUUGUUUAAAAAUAGUAAUAUUGUAUUAAAUAAUCUGAUUUGUUUGCUCAGUAUCUACUUAUUGAUUCGAUUUAGGGAUAAAUCAAACGCUGUAACUAAGAAUAGUUGAAAAAAAAACUACCAAAUUGGUAAGAAAAUUGUUACACUGGCAAUAUUUUUUGUAAUUGUUAAGUUUUUAGAGUUUAUUACUUUGCUUAAUUUAUCUGAUUUAUUGUAUUUUAAACUCCGUUUGAGGUAAAGUUUUUAUAUUCAAACUUCGUACUCUCAAAUGUAGUUUGAAGAUUAUAUUUUUUAGUCUUAAGAUUAAUUUAAACUUAACGUUAUGAAAUAAAAGUACUUAUAAAACCAGGAAAUAUUUCUAGCGUGGUCAUACGUUAGCUAUCUUAUUUAAGAGGCUCAGUAAAAUGCACACUAAACUGUGGGCCAACUAUCAGCCGAUAGUUUGUGGCGCUAUAAUCUAUAAAAUAGCUGAACGCAGGGAUAUGUAUGUAAUCGCGUAAACGUUGGAAAUCUAUUUUUUACCUAAGGUCUUCCAAACUAUACACAGCUAUAGCACACAGGGACGAAAAUAAUCGUGUAUACUUUGUAAUAAUCUAACUAGCUAGCUUGUUCCAAAGUAUACUGUAUCUAAACAUUUACGAACUAAUCGUGUAUAGAUUGUAAUAAGAUUUCGCAUCGGCGAAAGACCACGGUAGAAAUUAUAUAAGCAGGCCUGUCAUUUAAUAACUUGUAAAGUACAUAAUUCCUUAAUUUUAAGUACAAAAGUAAAUCAAUUAAAAUAGGUAUUGUAUAAGUAAUGUUA